AUGGGUUGUAGGACUCCUGUAGCAGUGAAGACCGGAGCUUUCUUUGGGCAGGGUUCAGGACCUGUGUGGCUGGAUGCUGUUGUUAGGUUGGUGAAUGGCAGUAACUCAUGUUCUGGACGAGUGGAGAUUCUUCAUAAUGGAACAUGGGGAACAGUGUGUACAGAUUACUGGGAAACUCCUGAUGCUACAGUGGUGUGUAAAGAGGUCGGAUGUCCAACCGGUGCUGAAGCAAAAAAAUAUUCCUACUUUGGAUCUGGUGUAGGAACAAUAUGGAUGGAUGAUGUUGGGUGUUUGGGGAAUGAGUGGUCUGUGAAGGAUUGCAGAUUUCGUGGAUGGGCAUCACACAACUGUGAUCAUUCAUUGGAUGCUGGAGUCAUCUGUAGAGAUAUUAGACUGGUAAAUGGGGCUAAUCUGUGUUCUGGAAGAGUGGAGGUUUUAUAUAAUAAUCAAUGGGGAACCGUCUGUGAUGCAGGCUGGGAUUUAUCAGAUGCUGCAGUGGUGUGUAAUAACAUGGGUUGUGCAACUCCUGUAGCAGCAAACACUGGAGCUUUUUUUGGGCAGGGUUCAGGACCAGUGUGGCUGGAUGAUGUGACUUGUUCUGGGAAUGAGCAAACAGUAACAAGUUGCCCAUCAAUGGCAUUAGGAACAAGCACCUGUAGCCAUGGACAAGAUGCUGGAGUUGUCUGUAACCGUAAGUCAAAAAUCCUAGGCUGA